UGUUCUUGGAUUUUCAACUUUUGUGGUGAGCUGGGAAGUCUAGGUUAACAAAGCAUACGGUAUGCUAUCUCCUUUAGCCUAGGCCUAAUCCUAAUCCUAACCCUAGGCUGUAAUUUUGACAAAUUAUUACCUUAACAGACCUCCGACAUGAAAAUGAUGCUCGUUUGGGGUCAGCCUUCCUCCACAAAGAACACCCAAGUGAUCACUUUUCUUAGUUGGGAUGGAUGUCUGAGCGCUUGUUUCUACUCACCCACCUGUAUAAUGGCAUGGCGACCUAAUUCGUCAUGCUUCAAUUACAACUAUGAUGCUGUGGACUAUGUGCUACGAACGUCGUCAGCGAAUGCAUCAGUGGUGGGCUUUAAAGUGGAUAGUGCCAGUGAGCAGUAUCCAAGGGGGUUCAAUCCACCGACUUUUGAUGAUCAGAACGCAACGGUAUGUGAAAAUUGCGAAGAAAUCCUACAAACAACAAAAGUAGCACACUUUUAUUACCUUUGGAAAAAAAGAUAGCUUCGGGAACUUUAUAUGUAAGUGACGUGAAGCCUUUCCCGUAUUAUAUCUACUACACAAUUUACUCGACAUCCAUCGGCUGGAAGCUAUCGUAUAAAAGUUUAAAAUCUCUAAUUGGGCUCUCAACUACUUGUGUAAUUUAAUUUAAGUUAACAACUCCUGCGGUGAAUAUUUCGACGCGCUCGUUGAGCAUCCCGACGAUACUAGUAUCUGCGUGAUAGCUUGUUAUAACAUUGGUAGUAUAUCGAAUACUUACAACAGUUCUUUGCAAGAAUGUACGAACAAAACUGGAGUGUUAACAGUUGUCGCGUUCCCCCAAGAUUUCAAAGUGUUGACAGCUGCUCUUCCAGCCAAACUCCCAU